AUGUCAGAAAAAUCUAAAAGAGUUGAUGCAAUUUUUAUAUUUGACUUAAAUAGAAAGUCGGAUCUCGACUUCCCGUCAGAUAAAGACAUACAGCUUAGCAAAUUACUGUAUUAUCACCCUGAAGAUAGGUCAGUUGAUGACAAAUUAUCGCACUUCGGCCUAAUUGAAGGCCUAAUUACGCUUUCAAAAAAUUAUACUGAUGAUGACCUUGAGUUUAUUAGGUCAAAGCUUUACACAACAGCAGUGGUAAAGUGGUUCGAUUCGGUCUACCUAUCAGUGGUUUUUUUCAACAGGAACACCACAGAUGAUGAAAAGGACGAUUACAGCUACCAUUCCAGGAAUAACAUGCUCAAAACUAUACUGAGAAACUCAAUUCGAAUGUUUGAGAUGUUUUACGGCAGUUUCCAAGACAAUUUGGUCAAAAUUAACCAUGAUGAGAUGACGUUGGAAAGUCUACAGGAAAUGCUGGAGAACAUUUUACCAACAUUUAUGAAUAAUUCCACCAAAACGACCCUUAACUUUCUCAAAGAUGUUGAGGCUUUCAAGAAGUUUCACACAAACAUGAACUUAUCCUUGGACGUUCAGAUAAUGAUUGAUGACCUGUAUAACGAAUUUGAGGCGAUUUCAAAGUCACUGCUGAUAUAUAACCGGCAAGUCUUACACUACAACAUGGAGCUGGAUGAAGUGUUCCUAAUAUACUGUUACAUAGUCCGGUACCAGGGAAACAUAAGUAAAGUAAAGUCAAUGAACGUGAAAUGGCCUGAAAAUAAUGAAAUGACAAUAGUUGACUCGAUGGAUGAUAACCUGUUCAGCCCGCAAAUAUUCAUAAAUAAUACUCUAUACACUUUAACAAUGAUAUCGACUAAGAACUCUACACUUGUACUAUUACUGGACACAAAUGACCCCUUGAUUGUAGUCAACUCUAUAUACGAAUACAUGAAUAAACUUCAACUUAACUUGAUAACCUUGGAGGAAAAGCUGUCAAAAUUCCCGGUUUUGACCAACACCAAGUUCUUUGCAUUAAACACCCUAUCAAAGACCAUAAACAGUGUGGGAUUCGAUAAUCUGAACAAUGAAUCUAUUGAAGAGCUUUCAAUGAUCUAUGACUUGCAUGACAUCCUCGGUACAUGUAGGGAACAACUGUACAACACACACAUAAAAACCAAGAAUACAUGGGUUGGCACAAAAUUUAACAAUUCCAGGGAGGUGUAUUACGUCAACAGCAGUAAUAACAACAAGGCCUCAUUAUCGGAGUCCAAACUCCACUUUGAGAAAUUUGUCAGUACUUAUUUUAAUGGGAUUUACUUCAUUUAAUAAUCUAAACCUAUGAAUAUUAAUCUCACACUAUG